AAUACUAUUUGGGUUCUUGCUAUAAAUAGCAUAACUGAUCUGGGUAUGCUUCACAAACAGCCUUCACAAAUCUCAAGUUGUCAACUAUAUUCAUCUAUCUAAGCGACCAAAUUGAUACACUGAUAUUACCAAAAGAAAUAUCAAUUUCAACAAGGUUUAUCUUUAAUUUGAACCAGAAGAAUGUCGACUGGUUUGACAAAGAGAAGGAUGGUGACAGUGCUAAGCAUUGAUGGAGGUGGCAUUAGAGGCAUAAUUCCCAGCACCCUCUUGGCCUUCCUUGAAUCCAAGCUUCAGGAAUUGGAUGGGCCAAAUGCAAGAAUUGCAGAUUAUUUCGACAUAAUUGCCGGAACAAGCACCGGUGGUCUUGUCACCACCAUGCUUACAGCUCCCAACAAGGACAACCGACCCAUGUAUGAAGCAAAGGACAUCAACAAAUUCUAUCUGGAUAACACCCCUAAGAUUUUCCCUCAAAAUAGUCGAAACAACUUCUUGACAUCAAUAACAAGUAUGGUUGGUGCGGUUAUGGGGCCUAAAUAUGAUGGGAAGUACUUGCGUACAUUGGUAAAUGGGUUGCUUGGUGAUCUCACUCUCAAGCAGACUUUAACCACUGUGAUUAUUCCAACAUUUGAUAUCAAGCACCUUCAGCCUGUGAUCUUCUCAACCACCGAUGCGAAAGAAAGUGCUCUGAAAAAUGCCAAGCUUUCGGAUAUCUGCAUAAGCACCUCUGCUGCUCCUACUUUUCUCCCAGCACACUACUUCGAGGUCAAUAGUGAGGGAAGGACCCGAACUUUUGAUCUCAUUGAUGGCGGGGUUGCUGCAAACAAUCCUACAAUGAUGGCCAUAAGCCACAUAAACAGAGAGAUAUUGAAGCACGAUUCGGAGCCGAUGGAUGCGAGUAGAUUGCUAGUGCUGUCAUUGGGCACAGGUGCAGCCAAGUUUGAAGGGAAGUACAAUGCAGCCAUGGCCUCCAAAUGGGGUUUGAUCAGUUGGAUGUUUGACAAUGGGAGCACACCUUUGGUGGACGUUUUUAAUGAUGCAAGUUCUGAUAUGGUUGACAUUCAUGUGUCCACCCUCUUCCAAUCCACCCACGCCAAGGACAACUACUUACGCAUUCAGGAUGAUUCGUUAAGCGGUGAUGAAGUAUCGGUGGAUAUAGCGACAGAGAAGAAUCUAAAUAGGCUUGUGGAGAUUGGAAAUGAGCUGCUGAAGAAGCGAGUGUCACGGGUGAAUUUGGAUAUAGGGAGGUAUGAGGAAGUUGAGGGAGAGGGUACUUAUGAAGAAGCACUGGUCGAUUUUGCCAAAAGGCUCUCGGAUGCAAAGAAGAUUGGACAAAACAAAUGAAAGUCCAAUAGAUUGCAAUAUCCUUUAAUUAAUUGUUGUAAUUUUGUCUAUCACGUUCAUCAUUUCAAGUAUGAGUUGUAAUAGAAAAAUAAAGAAUAAUUACUCGUACUAGGUGAUGUAAGAUUACCAAAGCCCCCAUGUUGAAUAAAAAUGAUUUUGAGUUUGAUGUUUUA